GCGCGCCAACCUAGAGCCCCGCCCUUCCGCGGGCGUCGCGCCGCCGAUGACUGAGCCGCCAUGGAGCCGGCCUUGCGGCUGGGAGCGGGUAUCUCCAAACAGGAAAUUCGUGAAAAGAUUUGGGAUUACAUGGAAGCACAAAAUAUAGCUGACUUUCCAAGGCCUGUCCAUCAUAGGAUUCCUAAUUUCAAGGGUUCUUCUCAUGCUGCUGAAAGGCUGCUGCAUUUACAGGAAUUUAAAAGGUCUAGCACUGUUAAAGUAAAUCCUGAUGCUCCCCAGAAGAAUGCCCGCUUCCUUGCACUCGAUGGCAGAAAAACUUUGUUAGUUCCUACACCACGACUGAGAACGGGAUUAUUUAAUAAGAUUGUCCCACCACCUGGAGCAACAAAAGAAAUCUUGAGAAAGUGUGCCACUUCUCAGGGUGUAAAAAACUACAGCGUACCUAUAGGUUUGGAUUCUAAAGUCCUUAUGGAUUUGAUAGUGGUGGGAUCAGUGGCUGUUUCUGAAAAAGGAUGGAGAAUUGGGAAAGGAGAAGGUUAUGCUGACAUGGAAUAUGCAAUGAUGGUAUCCAUGGGAGCAGUCAGGGAGGAGACACCCGUAGUAACCAUUGUGCAUGACUGCCAGGUGAUUGAUAUACCUGAAGACCUGAUUGGUGCUCAUGAUCUAACUGUGGAUUACAUCCUCACUCCUACCAGAAUAAUUGUGACCGGCUGCACAAAACCCAAGCCACAGGGCAUCAUAUGGUCCAUGAUCAGUGAAGAGAUGAUGGAAAGAAUCCCGAUCUUAAAGAAUCUUCGUUUCCGAGAGAAGCAAGCAGGGAAAGAUGUCACCUUACAGAAGACACACCCGGCACAUUUGAAAAACAGCCAGAGGCAAGGACCCCUUCAGAAUGCUGGACAGAUUGCCUCUGACAGUCUUGCAGAUGUGGCCCAUUCUGCCCACUGUGACAAUGAGCAUGGAACUUCAAAAGCAGAGCCCUCCAGUGUCACCACUGUCUAUGUGGGUAAUAUUCCCAAGGAUGCUAGAGUGAGUGAUCUGAAGAGAACUCUUCGGGAGUACGGUGCAGAACCUUUGAAGCUGAAUUGGCAAGGGACACAGGGCCGGGCUUUCCUUGAUUACAAGGACCUAACAACUGCGGAAAGUGUCAUCUCUUCCUUGAAAGAUUUAAACUUCAGUGGGAAUACUCUAUGGGUUAAAUUAGCUAAGAAGCAAAAAUGAUCAAAUAGUGGUAAAGGGGAAAGCGUGUCUUUUCUCAUUGUAAAAGUUUGGGCUGACAUUUAAAUAUUUUUCCUCGUUUGAAGAACAGUGACAUUGGAGGAUGACAUGUCUGAAUCCCAAGCAAGGCCAGAGUACCCUGUAAAUCACUUUCUGUUCUUAAGAGAUCAUAUUGAUACUUGGUACUUCGUACUUACAUUUCUCAAGCCAAGGUUAGGAUGUCACAGGAGUUAAUAGGACUUUGGUGCCUCCCAUUUUUCUGAUGACUGGAAAAUAAAGUAUAAAAAUCA